AUGUCCAACUCACCCCCGCCCGUAAAUAAUCCCUACGACCCUGCAAACGCCCUCGACGACAUCCCAGGUCUCCACUGGGCCCUCCAUGAGUUCCUUCAAUCUCGCAUGCACGAAAGUGAACGAUUCUGCGAGCAAAGCGAUCCGGAAAAAAAGAGAUUGUACUUUGCGACUGGAUUUGGGCUUAUUCAAUGUGUGAAAGGUCUCAUGUCUUUUGAGGAUAAGGAUCUUUUGGCCGCUAUCAACCACACCAAGCACGGUAUCGCUGUCGCUUCUAUACAUCGCAAACGCCCUAGCAGCCUCGCAGGUCGUCUUGCAGGAUACAUCGUUCCCUCACUCAGCACUAGCGGUACAGAAUGGAUUGCAGGUAUGACGUCCGUGGAGCGUCAUGCCGAACUCGUCUAUGCGGAGAGUCUCUAUCAAAAGAGUCUUCUCGGGAUAGUCUAUUCAGGCGAUUGGUUAGCGUUUAUCCGGGAGGUACUCAACAUGCGCACCACUAUCUCCAUAUACCGUCAACUCGGUAAAUGGAUUGAGACGGUCGACGCAGCAUAUGCUAUCGCCCACCCCGAACUACUAGCCGCCAUCUCAACACCCAAUCCUGCACCAGAAAGAGGAACGGAUAUCGAAGAAACGCCGCCACAAUCAAGCACCACGAGCUUUGCAAGUGCUAGUUCAUCCUGCGCCGCACAUUCACCUCUCCCUUCCCCCGAGCACACAGCUAUACAGGACCUCGCCUCCCCACCAUCCAACGCAACGCCAUCCCCCACACACCCAUACCUCCCCUCCCCAUCCAUCGACCCCCAUUUCCGCUCUGGCGUGUACCUAGGUCUCGGUAUGUCCCAUCUCGUGCUUAGUAUGAUGCCCGGGAAACUUCUCGCGCUGGUGGAGUUGUUUGGGUAUAAGGGCGAUAGGAAGUUUGGAUUGGAGUUGCUGGAGAGGGCUGGGGGAUGGGGCGCAAACGGGAGAGUGGUUGAGAAGGAAGCAGAAGGCGUCCGACGUGCGAUCUGCGAUAUGUCGCUACUCAUUUUCCACCUCGUCCUCUCGGCGUUUACGUUCGAAGGCGUCGACGUACGCAAGGCUACGAGAGUGCUGGAGUGGAAUUUGAAGAGGUAUCCGAAUGGCGUCUUCUUCCUCUUCGGCGCAGGCCGUCUCGCCCUCGUCCGUUCCCAACCCUCAAAAGCCCUUGUCUACUACGCACGCGCUGCACAAGCUCAAACACAGUAUAAGAAUUUACACCAUGUUUCGUGGUGGGAGAGUGCGGUUGCUUGUUUAGGGCUUUGGAGAGUCGCAGAAAGUAGAUUGUGGUGGGGAAAACUUGGAGGCGAGGCUACGUGGUCCAAAGCAACAUAUACGUACGGCGAAGCAGCAUGUUUAGCCACGCUCGGCGAGCACGCAGAAGCGAAGAAGCUCAUGGAGCGCGUCCAGGGGCUGAGGCAGAAAAUCGCAGGGAAGAGUAUUCCUGUCGAGAAAUUCGUUGCUCGCAAAGCCCGUAAAUAUCUCGCCCAGUCCGGCAGACUCCUCCUCCCCGCCCUAGAGCUUGCCUAUGUAUUCCAUGCGAUUGCGCAUGCGCCCAGAGAAGUUAUUGUGACGGAGAUGAUUCCUGCUGUUGGAGGCGCUUUGGGGGAGUUGGGUUUGGUGCUUUCGUCUGGGAGUGAGGGUCUAGUUUCGUCUGGGUCUGGAGGGAGUGAGGGCGGUGCCAAGGAGAAUGAGGCCAAGAAAGGCAAGGACAAGAAGCUGGAGUCGCGGAGUGGGUAUUGGGAUGAUGUCUGUCUUGCGCGUUUCUUGGAGGGCGUGUGUUGGCGAUUUGUUGCAUAUCCGGACCCAGACGCUGAACUCGAGCCUGAUGAAAAGAUCCCUUUCUCACCAGAGGACGCGCGCACAUACUCGGAGCGCGCGUUUCGCGCUGUCUUUGAGCACGGACCUAAUAUCGAGUUGGACCAUUAUAUCGUGUAUUAUACACAUUUUGAGUACGGGAGGCUGCUAGCGCGAUCAGGGGACAAAGAUAGUGCGAGGACACAGUUUGAUCUUGUUAUGUCAGGAAAGCCGCUUGAGGUGAAUGCUGCGGGACGAAAGGGUAAAUAUAGUCUAGAGAACGCACUUCAUAUGAGGACGAAUGCAGCGCUAGAAGCAUUAGACCAGAACCGACUGCUGUAA